UUAACGUAUUUGAGAACUUAGCCGGAUUACAAUCCAAUUUAAGCCGCCGCCAAUAUUUUUCGUCGUCCGCCGCCGCAGUCAUUGAUAUUUGUCGGCGCAGGGCAUCUCUGAAAAUUUGGCACCAAAUAAUGCAAAAGUUUAAUUUCAAUUUAUAUUUUAUAAAAAUUUAAAAUUGUUUCCAAUUUAAAAUGAACUGUACUCUAAAAGAAAUAAGCGGAGAUUUAUUCUCAGCCGAUGAAAGUUUUUCUAUGGCUCACUGUGUGGCCGCAGACUUAAAAAUGGGCAAAGGAAUAGCCGUGAAAUUUCGCAAUAAAUUUGGUCGUGUUCAUGUGCUACAGCAGCAAAAUGUUAAGCCUGGUGGUGUAGCCAUUUUGACUGACAAUUCACGCUUCAUAUACAAUUUGGUAACCAAACAAAGUAGUUGGGGUAAACCUACUUAUCAGUCAUUACAUAGUUCAUUGAGUGCUAUGAAGGAGCACAUGUUAAAACACAAUGUUACAAAAUUAGCCAUGCCUAGAAUAGGUUGUGGUUUGGAUGGUCUUGUCUGGCCCAAAGUUAAAGAUAUAAUUGAAGAAAUCUUUUGUAAUGAUGUUGUUACCAUAGUGAUAUACAACUAUGUUCCUCCCAAGUCAGGCUAAAGAAGUUGUUUUAUAA